UGUUUUUUCGAGGUUAGAAAUUAGAUUUGUUUUCCCAAUUUGUUCCAGAAUUCAAGUUUAUAAUCAAGGUGCUGCUGAAUAAUCGUGUUCUUUUUGUACUGUGCUAAGGUUUAAAUUCAUAAUUUGUGUCCUUUAAAUUCGUCACUGCAAAAUGUCGUACUUAAAUUUUGUUCAAGAAGGUAAUGUCGCCCUCUUGUUGUGGAACUCUUCCGAUGAACAGUCCCUCAUGACUUCCACAGUUGAUGCAAUCAAAGAAAAAUGUGGCUCUUCCGGCGAUGUGCGCGUGGAAAAUCUGCAGAGAUUGGCCAUAGGUCAGCAUGGAUCCUCUUCUUUUGAUGUAAUUUUCUCAGGAAUCCUCUCUCCGCCAUCAUUCAAUCAUGAUGACCUUGUUUUAGCAGAAAUUUUACGUAUCAUCAAACCCAAUGGGAGACUUAUUCUUCGAGAACCUGUGGUCGAAACUGCCGAUGGAAAUGGCAAAGUCUUAACCUCUGAACAGUUUCGAAGCAAAUUACUGAUCAGCGGGUUCAGCAACAUUAGUGAACCGAAAACGCUUAACCUAGAGGAUGCAGAGAUUUCAGCUAUCAAGAAGUCCUUCAACACAGAAAAAAAUAUCUCUGUGAUGGAAAUCAUUUGCCAGAAACCAAAUUUUGAGGUUGGAGCAUCAGCUAAAUUACCUUUUGCCAACAAAUUAUUCGAAAGUGCUGCUGCUGUAUGGAAACUGGAGAGCUCUCUUGAUGACUCGAUUGAGGUCAUUGAUUCGGACAAACUGCUCGAUGAAGAGGAUCUCAAAAAACCAGACCCUCAGUCUUUGAAAGUUUGUGGCACAACUGGGAAAAGAAAAGCAUGCAAAAAUUGUUCCUGCGGACUAGCAGAAGAAUUGGAGAAUGAAAAAGCGGAAAAAGAACCAAAACAGGAGGUUAAGAGUUCAGCCUGUGGAAACUGUUACCUUGGUGAUGCUUUCCGUUGUGCAAGCUGUCCUUACUUGGGAAUGCCAGCAUUCAAGCCGGGGGAGAAAGUUAAGCUAUCAGAUCUUCAAUUGAAAGCUGAUGUGUGAUAUAUUUAAGAACAAUCCAAGUUUCCUAAAUAGAGUAAUUAUGGUUUGUUGUGUGUACCCAUAAUUGUUUUACCAGACGAUGAGUUACAAAAACAUACAAAAUUAGAAGUAUUAAAAACAAAUAGAUUACUAUGUCUGUGUUCUUAUGUGGACAUUAUGAUCGAUUGCUGUUGACACUGACAACUGCAAUGACAGAAACUUUGUAUUUAUUUUUUUGCAAUCUGGGUUUUCUCGGUACGUUUUAAUAGCACUGGGUUUUUUUCUAUGUCAGAAUUGGAUGGGAACUGCUCCAGUAAUAAUCAAAGUAAUCAUUUUACUGUUUACUUUUUUGUUUGCUUGUUUAUAUUUUCUGUGAUAAAUAUUAUCAAAUAAAGGUAAUGAAUUGAAAUGAACUUCUCAUACAUGACUUUCUAUUCUUGAGAGAAGUUAUGCUGCACCAUCAAAGCUUUAAUUGGAUUAUCUGCCAUGGAAGGUGGUCAUGAAGAGCUUGUGUCUUGUAAAUGUUGAGCAAUUACAGGACCUAAAAAUCCAUCUUUGGCCUUGCCUUCAUGACUAACUGUUUUGACUAAAACUUCUCUGCUUUUCUCUUUAUCCUUAUUGAAUUUGUUCUCAGGUUUUUGAAAGGUCUCUAUUGCGUAGAAGGUAUGGUCUAAGAGUCGACUUCUGUAAGCUUUUAAAUUAUAUAUUAUUUUUGUGGUGAAGAAAGUUCUUUUUUAUUAUAAAGAGCUUGAAAAUCUAGUUAGCUGGUUUAAAGAAGCCUAAAUUCAUUCAAUUAUUUAGGGGAACUUGCAUAAGAUAAGUUUGCAGUCGGAAAUGUUUUAUUAUGCGCGGUAGACUACUUUUUGUAUCUGCGCACGGUGACAGUACUGACAGUCAAUUCUAGAUUACUGUUGGAUGGCGAUAGCGCAGUUGCUUGUAAAUGGAGUGCAACCAAUGGCUAACUCAUCUCGUGCAAGUUUCUGUAAGCACUUUGAACAUGCCUCCAUUGUACUGUAUAAUUGUUAAUCAAAGUAAAUCAACCAGUUCUAUCAUCA